CAAAGGUGGCGGCAAAGGACUGAGAGGAAGCACAUAACGGCUCUCUUCUUGGGUACCUCUUCUUGGCUCCCCAAUAUCUGAGCUCCCAGAACACAGGAGCCCUAGCAACAUGGCAGCCACAGACUUUAAAGAGGAGAUUCGCUCUGUGGGUGAGAGGCUGCUGCUGAAGCUGCAAGGACUGCCCCAGGCUGAUCCCGUGGAGCUGGUGGCCUUCUCUAUCAUCCUUCUUUUCACAGCUACGGUCCUGCUGCUGAUGCUGCUGGCCUGCAGCUGCUGCUGUGUGCGCUGCUGCUGCCCCGACAGGAGACGCACGAAGAUCCUCGUGCAACCCGUAAAACCCAGAUGAGGGACAGCAGUGUGAUGACCCAGGAGAAGCUGGACAGAAGCCUUCCCAAACUGUGACACAGACUAUCAUCCUGGCCACUUCUGGCACUGUCCAGGUGACAGACAGGGUAGACAUAUGGAGACUUCUCAAGGAAACAAGUGUUGCGCAACCUGCCGAUGGACACCAGCACUUAGAGGAGUCAACUGUUUCGAAAGCCCAGGAAAACGCUGAGGACUUCUGCUGUACUUUUGAGGAGCCCCAUAUCUUGAACAGCUCAUGGCUGUGGGGAGGCUGGCCCUUGGAUUCUGCUGAUUUAUGCCAAAGAGAAGUAAACUGAUCAGGGACUUUGUGCAAUUUACUAAACUCAAGCCUCCGUCUGAAGGGGAGGGAACAGGUCAGUAUUCUAGCUGAAAUUUGCUUACUUCCAAGUAAA